UUUUCGAAAGCUGCGUUUCCCGGGAGAUCCCAGGCGGUGACAGAGCAGGGCCAUGGCUAGAGGCAGGAAGAUGUCCAAGCCCCGCGCGGUGGAGGCGGCGGCGGCGGCGGCGGCGGUGGCAGCGACGGCCCCGGGCCCGGAGAUGGUGGAGCGGAGGGGCCCGGGGAGGCCCCGCACCAACGGGGAGAACGUGUUUACCGGGCAAUCAAAGAUCUAUACCUACAUGAGCCCGAACAAAUGCUCUGGAAUGCGUUCCCCCCUUCAGGAAGAGAACUCAGUUGCACAUCACGAGGUCAAAUGCCAGGGGAAGCCAUUAUCCGGCAUCUACAGGAAACGCGACGAGAAAAGAAACUCUGGGAACGCCAUGCGAAGCACCAUGAAGGCCGAUGAACACAAGAUCAAAGACGCCAGGAGGGGUCCCCUGGCACCUUUUCCAAACCAAAAAUCUGAAGCUGCAGAACCUCCCAAAACCCCAACCUCGUCUUGUGAUUCUCCCAAUGCAGCCGCCGCCAAGCAAGCCCUGAAAAAGCCUGUCAGGGGCAAACAGACACCCAGGAAAAAAGCUCAAGGAAAAACGCAACAGAAUCGCAAACUCACAGAUUUCUAUCCAGUGCGAAGGAGCUCCAGGAAGAGCAAAGCUGAGCUGCAGUCUGAAGAAAGGAAAAGAAUAGAUGAGCUGAUUGAAAGCGGGAAGGAAGAAGGAAUGAAGAUUGACCUCAUCGAUGGCAAAGGCAGGGGCGUGAUUGCCACCAAGCAGUUCUCCCGGGGCGAGUUUGUGGUGGAAUACCACGGGGACCUCAUUGAGAUCACCGACGCCAAGAAGCGGGAGGCUCUUUACGCACAAGACCCCUCCACGGGCUGCUACAUGUACUAUUUUCAGUAUCUGAGCAAAACCUACUGCGUGGAUGCGACUAGAGAGACAAACCGCCUGGGGAGGCUGAUCAAUCACAGUAAAUGCGGGAACUGCCAGACCAAGCUGCACGACAUCGGCGGCGUGCCUCACCUCAUCCUCAUUGCCUCCCGCGACAUCGAGGCCGGGGAGGAGCUCCUGUACGACUAUGGGGACCGCAGCAGGGCUUCCAUCGAAGCCUACCCCUGGCUGAAGCAUUAGCCCAGCGGCCCCGUUCCCCUCCCCGCCUCCCUUCUUCAAUGGACAAAGUGCCCUCAAAGGGAAUUGAUUUUUUUUUUUUUACACACUUAAUCUUAGCAAAUUACUUCAGAUGUUUUUAAAAAGUAUAUUAAGAUGCCUUUUCACUGUAGUAUUUAAAUAUCUGUUACAGGUUUCCAAGGUGGACUUGAACAGAUGGCCUUAUAUUACCAAAACUUUUAUAUUCUAGUUGUUUUUGUACCUUUUUUGCAUACAAGUCAAGCGUUUGUGCUUCCCGUGCAGUCAAAGACUCGGCACAGGUUUUAGAGGAAAGAGUCGAACAUGAACUAGGAAGCCGGGCAAUGCUCCUGCCUCCAACCCAAGAGCCAGGACUGUCCCCCACCCCCGCGCACCCCCGACAUCCCAGUGCAGGCGGGCGUGAGGAAGACGCCGCCUCGCCAUGGCCUGGCUGGGAUGUUCCCAAGCUCUUGUUUCCUGACAUCUCGACAGGCGCACAUUGAAGUGUAUGAAUAUUUUUUAAAAAAAGGUUUCACAGUAAGAUAGUCUUCCCCUCUGCUUUCUCGAAAGCUCACUGACCCGGCGGCUCACGGGCCGGGCCUAGAACACUCUUCCACGGGCUGCCGCUUUUCUGGGCACCUCGCAGCAUCAGGGCGGGGAAUCAAAGCAGAUGUGGGCAGGGAAAAGCAUCGCUUACCUGGCCCUGCCGGGACAGGGUUUCCCGAAACUGGGUUAAUUUCUUUAUAGAAAUGUGAACACUGAGUUUUAUUUUAAAAAGUAAUAAAAAUCAAAAAGCAAAAAGACAAAAAAAAAAAAAACCACAGAAGACAACUUAACGUGUAUAUAGGUCUUGAAGUGAGUGAAGUGGCUGCGUUUUUGUUUGGGGUUUUUUUUUUAAGUUUUUUUUUCUUUUUUCCUUGGUUUUGUUUCUGUAGAAGAGAUUUGAGAUGGUACACUAUUCUAAUCAAAAAUAAAGUUUUGUAGUGGGACCAGAAAUUACUUACCCAAUCCCCCCCCCAACCUCAACCCUGAUUAUGCUGGGUUGAAAGUUCCAGACCUGCUGUCAAGGCUUUUGUUUGUCAGACCACCUGGUGUCCUUCCUGUGAAAAUGCAGCCUUGAACUGAAGGGUGAGCUACAUGCCCUGAAAUGCAGGGCCCCCCACCCCAGCUGCUGGGGUGCAGGGGAGCGGGCAGGCCAGCGGCCCAGGGAUCAUGGCUGAGGGUAAAGUUUUCACCUUGACUGUGACAGGAAGAGCAGGUAGCUUCCUCCCCAAGGGGGACCGAUUCCCGCUUUCUGUUAACCUGUAGUUUAGGGGCCGGGGCUCUGGAGCCGUGACCUGGGGUCUCCCGGCCCCCCUGCUCCCAGGUAAAUGUGAAUGGAGACAGGUAUGAGAGCCUGUCCUCAACUUUGAUGCCCUCAACCCCGGCCUCACGACGGUGCUACCUAAGAAAGUCUUCCCCCAACCCGCACUUGCCUGGUCAGCGGUCAGCGAAUUGGAGGAGGAUCCGAUGGGAGUGUGUAAAUGUGAGAUAAAAAUGUCUUGGUUGUACCUGUUUGUGGUUUAGCUUUGUAUUUAAAAGAAAAAAAAAAAGGAAAUAAACUUGAAAAUUAUUUGUCAUCAUAAAAAUGAAACAAAAAUUAAAAUAUUUAUUGCCAGGUGAGG